AAAUGGGUCUUUGAACUAUCAACUCAAUUUUAUCUCCGGCACUGGCGAUCAAUGGCACUGUUAAACAACAAUCGAAAUCUUUGGUUUUCGUAUCGUUCACCUGAAGAAAAAAAUGUAAACGUGGUUUAUCAUCAUUAGUUUGAAUAAUUGUUCGAUUCAAACAUUAUUUUAAAAAAUGAUUUUAAAAAUGCUCAAAUUUUUUGAUUCACCAAAAAUCCCAACAAAUUCACCUGCACAAUUCGGUCAAAGGGUUUUAAAAGGCCAACGGUAUCAGCUGGUCCUCCGCUUCGGAUGCGAUUUAUAUAAACUCCUCGUUCGUACAAACCAUCCGAUACAGAGAAUCCAUAAUCGUCAUAAACUUUGUCUUUGUAAAGUGUCACAUGGAAUGAGCUGAAUCGGGUUCCAUCUUCUUUGCUGGAAUUUGAAACGAUAUCGACGUUGUGUCCAUUAAUACCGUUGCCAUAGAUCGGAGUUCGUGGUCUUCGUUGCACUUUUGCAUAAACCGCUUGUGGACUCAUAUCGCUAUGUAACACGUAUUGAUUUUCGUAAUCUGCAAAAGAGAUUCAGAACUUAUUAUUCAAAUUCUACGGUACUCCUCUUGAGGAACAGUUUAAAGAUCAAAUAUUUCAACUAAUUUUUGUUAUUUGAGUCUCCUUUUUUUUAAUUUUUCUUUCCAUUUACUUUCUUAUUUAGUUUAGUUGAAAUGUUCAUUUUUGCUGAAUCAAUUAGAAUGAGGACCUACCGUUGAUAUUCCGUGAUAUUUUUAAAUCCACAAUAUUUCCAAGGUUUUGAAGUAAUUUUGUAGCAUGUGACAAUGGCUUUCCUUGUACACUUUCUCCAUUAAUAGCCAAUAAACAAUCACCCACAUUAAUUUGACGUGAAUUCUCUGCGAUUCCCCCAUCCAAGACAGCACUGAUCAAGAUGGGUUUGUUUACAUCUUCACUGCCAGAUAGAGUGAUACCCAAAGGACCACCGUUAAUCUCUAGGCGCACAUUUACGACCAAUUGAUGCGUUCCAUACGUAGAGUUGUGAAUAUCCAUUGGAGGUGGCAUCGAAGAGUCAAAACUGGAGAGAAAAGAAAAGAAUUUAAAACUUUCGAAUUCUUUGGAAAAAUUCACUUCUUUUUCUUCAUUUUCAUCCUAGAAAGGGGAAGACUUGUCUUUUUUUCUUCUUCCCAGUAAUCUCUUACCUUUCACGAUAAUCCAAGUCAUACGGAACGCUAUUAUUGUACUCAUCCUCCGCCAACUCGGUCGUCAAACUGUUUGUAUUAUCAUUGGCUGCUGUUCGUCCAACGCAUGGUGGUUCGCUGUUUUUGCAUAGGAACGGAUGUCUCAUUGUGGCACUGGUAAAUGGCGUUGUUUGUCUCGAUUUGUCUUGAUCUUUGACAUGAUAGUAAUCGGGCUGACAGCUUUUUGCUUUCAUUGUGUUGGUAAGCGGUGACGUUUUUUCAAACGUAACAUUUUUCCCUUCGAGAUACUUUCCAACCGUUCCCGAUCCAUAGAUGUUGUAGUCAUUUUUCGAGCUUCCACUGCCAUUGCUGUAAAUCCCAUUGAAUCGUUGUUGUGCGUCAAAAAGGAAAUCUGGCAGUGAAUUGCGAUUGAUUGUAAGCGUUGUAAAUUCCUUUGUACGGUCUUUGAGUAGUGCAUCCACAUUAUAGUGCUGCAAUUGCUGGGAAUCAACAGCAAGUAAAAUGUCACCGGCACGUAAUGAACCACUCCGAUGUGCUGGACUGCCGCAUUUCACCUCGGAAAUAAUGAAUGAUCCAUGUGCGGUGGCAUUUACUGUUAUGCCCAAGCCAUUUUUAUUCACUUUGGCCAAUUUUACAUUGAAAACGCCUUGCGAUGGAAUUACCGAGUCGAACAUAUCGAAUUCGAUCUCGAGUUCAACCCAAUAAGGCGAUGGAACCUGGUAGGUAUUAAUCGCAUUACUACUGCCUCCGUUGUCACCCAAAAUCUGACGAAUCGUAUUUGCAUCCAAGCUGUACAGCUUAUUAAUGGAUAGCAAUCGAUCGCCCACUUGAAUGCAUCCCGAGCGGUCGGCCGCUGAAUCAGGUAUAAUGUGGGCUAUCGCAUAGCCUUGACCGAUUUUUGUGCCGAUAAUUAUACCCGAACCCUGGCUACAAUCAAGCAUCACUUGUGUCGUUUCCGCAUGGCACAAACCAGCAUUCGCAUAUAGUGGGCCUGUCAAAUAUAAAUAUUUGAAAUGAAUUGAACACCUUGGAUACUUUCAUUUGUUUUUAAAAUACUUACUUGAACUCGAUCCAGAUGGUCCGACCGAACCUUUACGAAUAUAUCGCUUGUGUUUAGGGGUCUUCCUUGAAUCAAGCGUAGUAUAGCCUGAAAUGAAAUCAAGAAUUCGAAAUCAUUUAAACAAAUAUGAAUAUUGAAAUUCUGUGAAAAAUUCCUACAAUGCAAAAAAAUUUACUCAUUAGCAUAAGCAAAUCAUUUGUCAUUCAGAUGUUGAAGAAGAAACAACCGAAUUCUCAUUUGAAUCGAAGGAAAUUGGCCAUUAUCCGCAAUUUUAGUACCGUUUGCUGAAAUUAAGUGCUGCAAUCGCUACGCGAUUUCGUCGUUUUUAAUUGAGUGUGAACGAAAACUGUGAAAUUCACCAUAAAAAAAGUCUGGUACGUAUGGUAAAACUCAAAACCAAAAUAAUGCUACGCCAGAACAAACAAGCGUAAACAGAAGCGAAAAAAAAUCGGUGUAAAAAUAAAAGCGAACAAGAGAAAAAAACGACAACAACACUUUUGGAUGCGUAGCAUUCGGGCUCGCUAACGCACUUUGUAGCAUAAUUUAUGGGGAGAAUAUUUUUAGACUGAUUGAUAUAGUGUGUGACAGCUGGUGCGCUGCAAUGUUCACCGAUCGUUAGCGUAGAUUUUGAGGCGAGAGGAAAAGUAGUAAGGAAGGUUUUUUUCUUUUACGGAAAGAAAGAUGCAAAAAGAAAUGGUCAAAAUUAGAGUGGCUCCACAAAGAUGUGACAUGUGAUUUGUACAAAAGCGUUGAGGAAGUUGCGAAAUUGAUUCACCGAACAUGUUCUCCUUUCAUCGGGUAUCACAUUUCAAAGCGCCAAUUUGCGUAAAUGUCGCUAUCAAUAAGUGGGCGUGGUGACGUUUUUUCCUCUGUUUUACUUUCACUUUGAUUAAAUUUCGUUUCAUUCUGAACUUUGUUCUAGCCAUCUAUUUUUCAAAUCGACGGAAUUUAUUAUCGGUGACAGGACUCCAAAAUCCCUCUCACUCGCUUCCAAAUUGGUUCUGUUCGCUGGAACAUUCGAGAUCACUGCACUUUUUGUGCAUUUUCCAAAAUAGAUGCAUCUAUCUUCACCAUUGAUGACUGGGAUUUGAAAGGUGCUUUGUUUUCUUUUGAUUAAACUUUUUUUCCCUGUUUUUCGACGCUAUUUUUACAAUGACACGCACCACAAUGUAAUACAUGAAGUGAAGACGGUUUGUCGUUUUCUAAAAAAUCACGUUUGAAUAUGUAAAUGUAAAAGCAAGUAUUUAUGAGUUCUUACAACGGGACACGUGCUGACUUCAUGAAUAAUCUCGAUGAAGCCAUUUUAAUGGCAUUAUGAAAGCAUACGUUAUGGCAUCGUUGUCGUCAAUCAAGUUUGGCUUUCACUUUUCAUGAUUCCAAUCAUAUGUUUCGUUGAAUGAUUGCACUUUUAUCACUAAUGAAAGUUCUAUUCAUGACUUGUGAGUGAUUCGUUUGAGUGCAUUUACUGAAUCAUGCGCCCCGGUCACAUUGAACAGAUGGCAAGCGAAGUGCUCAUAAAAACCGUUUAAUAUGGUAACGUAAUUUUUUUUUUAAAUGAACCGUAUAAUUGAUGGCCAUCGAUUCAUUGUCAUUUUAACAAGCAAUAACUCUAUUCACUUGCUUUCCUGUUCGAUUUGUUUACAAACGUGUCGGGGUUUUAUUGCCGUAUAAAAUGUCAAUGAAUUUUAUUACCUUUUCGUUGAAUUGCAUGCACUGGCAAAAUUUGAAGCUGUGUGAAACCACGAUCCGAUGGUCCAUUUAAGAAAGACAUCACAUCUUCGGGCGUGUAACUUGUGUUUUCGAUGAUUGUUUCGUCGAUUGAGAGGAUUUGGUCACCCACUGAAAGUGCGCCACACCUAAAGAAAUUCGAAAAAUUUUCGUGUUUUAGCAAAGAAUUUCGGAUUCGUUCAUUUCUAUUCAAUUUGUCAUCUCUUCUUUUCAUUUUUUUAUGUUUUUUUUUUGUUUUUUUCCUUCACAUUUGGCCAUAUGUCUGACGUAAAUAAUCUCGAACUUACCGAUCAGCGAUGCUCGCCGGCAAUAUGCUCGCAAUGAAAACGCCAGCUGGACAAAUAUCGUUUUUUGUGUCCAUUGUGCUGGCCUGUAAAUUGGAAUAGUUGCUAAGGAUGAUGCCAAGUUUUUCGUUCAUCGGACGCUCAAUUUCGAUGAGCAACGGACCCAACGAGAACUCAACACUCUGCAUGACUGACACAUCGUACUCGAUUGUUAAAUUCGUCAAACCCGAUGCAUGGCCACACUUUAAAAUUUGCUGCGCUUCCAACAGUGACUUGUUUAUGAGGGAAAUCUGGCAAUGGUUCAAAUGGACUGGUCAUUUUUGGCACGUUUUUGCUUUAUUUCGGGACGUGGACAAUAUGAGUACGAAAUCGAAUUUGACCGAAGACUCGGUGAACCUCAACUUUUACUCUACUAUGAUGACAAAACGCAAUGGCCUUCUGUCUACAAAAGUGAUAAGACUUGCCGUGAGAAACUCAGCGUGCUAAGUAGAAUAGAUAAUCAAAUUGUAACUUUAUCAGCACGUUCUCCAGAUAGUAGGACAUCAGGAUGUACAAUUUUACCGAAAAAUUCACAAAAACAGCCCAUACCAGCUCCUGCAACCACACUGACACCGAUCGAAUUGACCACAUUGCCAGAGAAUGAAAGUGAAAUUGCUGCAACUGAAACCAUUUUCGAUAAGUUUUUACGACGAACCACAGUCCUUCCGACGGGUCAUCGACAGGUAAAAUCACUGGACAACAUUACCGAAGAAAUUCAGGACAAUGAGUUUAGCGAAUCAAUGGAGACAUUCAAUGAAACCGAAGUUUUUAACAGCACAUCACAGCAUGGAUCACGUAAAAAUGGUGGUGGUCUCUAUUACAAACACGAUGUUGGCUUGGAAAAUGUACUCGAAAACACAACUGAAUACAAAGUCGAUGUUGAGGAACUAUUUGAACCACAGAAGAAAAGUGAACGCAUUGACUAUGAUGAUAAUUCAUUGGAUGAAAGACAACCACGCUCCAAUCCUACGCUGAGUUUUCGACCAAAUCGAGAAACGUACAUCGUUCGAUGUCAUAAUACAGGCACUUUCAUUAGCUCGAGAGAACGGUGGUGGUUCAUCGCAGUCGCGAAUUGUGGCAAUAACAAGGGACUCGACAUAAAAUAUCGAUUCAGAAUGACCAACGGCAACACGGGCGACUUUUGGCAUGAACACUUUUCUGCGGAUGAAAGGCUCAUUCCACCGAUUUUGCUGUGUCAAUUCAUCGUCUAUUCUUUUCUGGUCGUUGCCCUGUUUUUCUGUACAAUUGAAUUGAAAUCCAUGCAUUUAUACCAUUGCACGUAUCGUUUGUUUGCCUUCAGUUUGAUGAUGCAGUAUAUUGGCAUAGUGAUCUUAGGCAUCGCUUGGAUUCGCUACGGUAUGACUGGACUCGGACCUCACACCACUAUCGGUGGCUUAUUGCUGGGCGUAGCUGAAAUUGCAUUCUUGCUCUUACUGCUGCUAAUGGCCAAAGGAUACACCAUAACCAGAGCCCGCCUUUCAAGCUGCUCAAUUGUCAAACUCACCAUUUUUAUCAACACUUAUAUCGUGGCUUAUAUCAUUCUGUACAUCUAUCAAGCAGAAGCCUUUGAUCCGGGAGAGGUAUUGAAUUUGUACGAGUCUCCUGCUGGAUUUGGAUUAUCACUUCUGCGUUGUGUUUCGUGGUGUGUCUUUAUGAUCUCAACUGCAGCUACGAUUCGUAAAUAUCCUGAAAAGAGCUCGUUCUAUUAUCCAUUCGGUCUGCUUGGAUCGUGUUGGAUUUUGGGCGGACCCUUUCUCACACUCAUUGGGAUUGGCAUCCUCGACGCUUGGGUGAGAGAAAGUGUGAUGUAUCUCACAUUCGCAAUGCUGGCAUUCAUGGGUCAUUCGACAUUUUUGUGGAUAACCUGGCCAUCGCGAGCAAAUAAGAGUUUCCCAUACCACGUGAAAACGAAUCACAUUGGAAUUGCAUCGGAAGAUGAUGAUGGAGCUGAUUACCCACGUCACACUUAUGAGCCAACGCAUGUGGAUCAAAAUAUUAUAAUUCCCCUAUCACGACGCACGGAAGAGCUCAUCAAUGGCAUCUACGGGCAGUACAUGUACGAUCAACCGCGAACAGGUUCAAAUGCACACAGCCACGCAUCGUUUCCCGAAGAUCCACACGCUCCGGCCGAAAUUUUGUCAUCGAAACAACUACAGAAUGAGAUCUAUGAAGCUGACACUGAACGCCGUUUUUCAGCUUAUUGCCAAAAACCUGCGUUUUGUGGCGGUGAUGUUUCACAACCGCAAUCGUGCACAAUGGUCGAUGAUUAUGAUGAAAACGAUUCUGGUCACCCAUCCCUAGAUCAAAGUGGAAGUCCAUCAAACAACACGACUAAAUCGAUCUCGGACGGUGAAUCACCGGUUAAAGAUUUGCAAAAAUAUUGCACAGAAAGCGCCAAAGCCAAUCAAUUUGUUGAGGACGAGCAGAAAGCAGCGCCCAAUAAAAUUAUUUUAGAGCCCAUUGAAAAGUCCAUAAAAAACAUGAAAUUACCGGCUAUAGUUCCUCGACACUUAUUCGCUGCUAAGAAAGAGAAGAGCGAUGAAAACCCUGAAUUGGCCUAAGUCACACACGAUUUUCAUUUGAAAUCGUUUGCUUUAAGUUUCAAUAUUUUCUUUAUAUAUCCUACUGAGUUGAUUUUGGAUAUGUUAAAAACAUUUGUGUUUGAGAUGAGUUCGAAUAAAGUAUUUUUUCAAAUGGAAAA